AUAACUGUGAAUUGUCAUUUGUUUUCAAUAUGGAAGCUGUUACAAUUAGGCAGGUGUUAUGACAGGUAUACAAAUUCUUUGACUUACUGACAAGAUGAGUGCAGGUUGGUGUAUUGAACGGGGAAGAGCCGCGAAAAGCUUAAUAUUUAAUGUUCUGUGUUACACAUGGGCUUCUAAAGACGAAAUGAACAGAUUUACACUGUCUGCCAUAUUCCUGUCUGGUGUAGUAUUUGCAGUAUCAUUUACAUUUCUGUCGGAGUAUUUCAAGGCACAGUGCUGUGAUGUGAAACAGUAUUCAAUUCCAAGGCCCCAACAGAAAGCAUUUUCACCUUUGCCAGAUGACAGCCAGCUUCAUGUUCCAGAUGAAGGAACGUUGGGUUUGGUAUUGCGCAAGACUGACAUUUCGGAAAAACCGAAGAAGAAUUCAGUUUCAGAAUCUGAGGCUUUGAGUUCGUUGUAUGCAGCUCUGGAGAUGGAGAAGGCUGGGAAGCAUGACAAGGCAUUGAAACUUUUCCAGCAUGCUGUAGCUCUCGCUCCUAGACACCCUGACAUUCUCAACCAUUAUGGAGAAUUCCUCGAAGAAAGACAAAAUGAUGUCAUUACGGCAGACCAGCUGUACUUUCAAGCCUUGACGUACUCUCCUGAUCAUUUGGGUGCCCUCAGUAACCGUGGGAGGACAGCACAAAUUGUUGAAGAGAUGGACAGGAGUAACCUGCACAGGAUUGAUGAUAAACGGGACACACUGUCAAAUAUUCCAGACUCCAGUUCAUCUUUUCGUCGAGCCAAGAAAGAGGCAUAUUUUCAGCACAUCUACCAUACUGUCGGCAUCGAGGGAAACACGAUGACGCUGUCUCAGACACGCUCCAUCGUGGAGACACAGAUGGCUGUUGCAGGCAAGAGCAUCAUGGAGCAUAAUGAGAUUCUGGGUUUGGAUGCUGCCAUGAAGUAUAUAAAUGCUACUCUUGUGAACAGGUUAGGGGCUGUUUCUGUAAAAGACAUCUUGGAGAUCCACAAGCGAGUGAUGGGUUUUGUAGACCCACUGGAGAGCGGAAUGUUCCGCCGCACCCAGGUUUAUGUCGGUGGGCAUAUUCCACCUGCCCCACUUGAAAUCACAGUCCUUAUGGAAGAGUUUGAGAAGUGGCUGAAUUCUGAGCGAGUCAUGCAUCUACAUCCAAUCAGAUAUGCAGCCUUGGCACAUUACAAGCUUGUGCACAUCCAUCCUUUCACAGAUGGGAAUGGACGCACCGCCCGGUUGCUAAUGAACACCAUACUGAUGCAGGCUGGUUUCCCACCUGUUAUCAUUCUCAAACAGGACAGAUUGAAGUAUUAUGAGUACCUAGAGAUUGCGAAUGAGGGAGACGUUCGUCCUUUCGUACGGUUUAUUGCAGAGUGCACAGAGCGAACGCUUGAUCUGUUUCUGUGGGCUACUAAAGAAUAUAUGACAGAGUUUCCAGCAUUAGAACAGAAGGAAUGGGACAGACGGACUAUAAUAUUAGAUGAUGGGAGUGGAAACUGGGACGAUGAAUGAAGGAGAGAACAGCAUGAGAUUAUACUAAUGUACAAACCUGUACUUAACAGGGCGUUCAUGUUUACUUAGUCUGAGUCUAGUCCGAGGUAUGGUGAUACGGAAGAAAUGCAGUGAAGUUCCUAUGGAAGGCCUGAGGUUCUAGUUUCAGUAUGGAAGGACUGGUCUGAAAGUAAGAAACUUAAGAGUUUAGUUAGAAUUUCUUGCAGUGAAUCAUGAUUGGGUAUAAUAACAAGAUUUUAUAUUGAACCAAAUGUUUGUCCACAACUAUUUGCAUCUCCUGCCCCCACUGUAUCAUACCAUGAGGUGCAUGAUUGUCAAUGAACUGUGACAUCUCUUACGUUUUUGUAGGGUACUUGCUCCUUUGCGUUAGAUUUUCAGGUCCCUGGUUUUCCAUGCACAUUGACUUAUGUUUCUAUUAUUAGUAAUGUAGAAUAUUAUAGAGUCUGAAUUUUGCAGGUUAUGUACGCUACUUAUCUGUGGAAAUACUAAAUUUUGUUUGUUCCUUCCUUUAAAAUCAGUGCAUAAAAUCUUUUUUAAAAGAUAAGUUUGGCAGUCCACAUGUCACAGAACAGUGUAUCAGUAAAUUAUGUACAAAUGUGACUUUUUAUUAAUAUCAUGUUACUGUGUGAUUACAAAACCUGUGUGUUUAAAUUGUGCUUUUUAUGUAUUUAAUUAUAGAGAAAUCACACUAAAUAUCACUACGUAUGUCAGUGCUUUUGAACAAAUUAAAAGUUCAUUCUUUCUCAUAAUAGACUCAUAUUUAAUAUUGAUCAUAUGCUAAAUUGCCAGGUCUAAUUGGAAUUUUUACGUGAGGGUCAAAUAUCCUGCAUGGCCCAUACUUAAAUUGUCAUAGACCUGGAACAAGUCAAACUCCUGGAGUAAUCUUUGUCCUCUCACUAUGAUUGCAAGUCAAGCUCAAUAAUAGGACACUGUGGAUUAGUUCAUAAACCCACUUCUGAUUGAAUGUAAGUAUUAAGAAAUGUGUGUGCUCCAUUAUGUUUUAAUCUGGUCAGGGUAAGUAAGAAUCGUUGCUGGUGCUUUGUUUCACUUGUCUCAGAUUGGCUGCAAGAAGCAGUCAUGUAAUGGUGUCUGCAAACUACCAGUGCGGCUGUUUUCGUCCUUGACACCUCCAAUUAA